AGUCCUUCAUUUAAUUUCCUCUGCCGUAUUGGGGUUUGGUGGUAUUUAUCAUGCACUUCUUGGACCUGAGAUCAUAGAAGAAUCUUUUCCUUUAUUUCGUUAUGUAUGGAAAGAUAGAAAUAAAAUGACUACUAUUUUAGGUAUUCAUUUAAUAUUAUUAGGUAUAGGUGCUUUUCUUUUAGUCUUCAAAGCCCUUUAUUUUGGGGGUGUAUAUGAUACUUGGGCCCCUGGAGGGGGAGAUGUAAGAAAAAUUACGAACUUGACCCUGAGUCCAAGUAUCGUAUUUGGUUUUUUACUGAAAUCUCCCUUUGGUGGAGACGGAUGGAUUGUCAGUGUAGACGAUUUGGAAGAUAUAAUCGGAGGCCAUGUAUGGGUAGGGUCAAUUUGUAUAUUUGGUGGAAUCUGGCAUAUCCUAACUAAACCCUUUGCUUGGGCGCGUCGCGCACUUGUAUGGUCUGGCGAAGCCUACUUAUCUUAUAGUUUAGGGGCUUUAUCUCUAUUUGGUUUCACUGCUUGCUGUUUUGUCUGGUUCAAUAAUACCGCUUAUCCUAGUGAGUUUUACGGACCCACAGGACCGGAAGCUUCUCAAGCUCAAGCCUUUACCUUUUUAGUUAGAGACCAACGUCUUGGAGCAAACGUGGGAGCCGCUCAAGGUCCUACGGGUUUAGGUAAAUAUCUAAUGCGUUCCCCCACUGGCGAAGUCAUUUUUGGAGGAGAAACUAUGCGCUUUUGGGAUCUGCGUGCUCCGUGGCUAGAGCCUCUAAGGGGACCAAAUGGGUUAGAUCUGAAUCGGUUAAAAAAAGAUAUACAACCUUGGCAGGAACGGCGUUCCGCAGAAUAUAUGACUCAUGCCCCUUUAGGUUCGUUAAAUUCUGUCGGAGGCGUGGCUACUGAAAUAAAUGCAGUCAAUUAUGUCUCUCCAAGAAGUUGGUUGGCAACCUCACAUUUUUGUCUAGGAUUUUUCUUUUUUGUUGGUCAUUUGUGGCACGCGGGCCGGGCUCGGGCGGCGGCAGCUGGGUUUGAGAAAGGAAUUGAUAGGGAUUUCGAACCCGUUCUUUCUAUGACCCCGCUCAAUUGAGAACAGAUACGAAAUCAAAUUAUUCAAGUUGGUUUAUCUAUAAAAUUAAAUAUUUAAUUGCGUUUUUUAUGGCUUGGCUACGUCGGAUAGCCAAGUCAUGUCUAUUCACUGAUCAACAAUAAGGAGAGAGAGGGAUUCGAACCCUCGAUAGUUCUUUAAACUAUACCGGUUUUCAAGACCGGGGCUAUGAACCGCUCAGCCAUCUCUCCGUUAGCUACUUUAAUUUAAUAAAUUAUUAGUGGUUUA